AACGUAAAACAAACUGGUAGCAUUCAGUCCAGAAGGCAGGUAACGCUCCGGAAGCGGAUGAGGUGUACCAGUCAGCUGGGCGCUCCGAAGCUUUCCAGAGACAGGCUGUUUCGUGCUUCUUUGCCUUUUCCUUCAAACCUGGCCCUAUGUUGGAGGGGUGCAGCGUGAGGGGGAUUUUUCGAUGUUGGGAAGUGGCAGGUCUGUGACAAGCAGGGAACAAGGCAACGACGGCGCAGCCUGGCCCCGGCUGACGGACGCUGGCGACUCAGAGAUGGACAGUAGCUGCCACAACGCGACUGCCAAAAUGUUAGCUACUGCUCCGGCCCGGGGCAACAUGAUGAGCACCUCCAAACCCUUGGCUUUCUCCAUCGAACGAAUCAUGGCGCGCACCCCAGAGCCCAAGGCCCUGCCCGUCCCCCACUUCCUUCAGGGAGCCGUGCCCAAGGGGGACCCCAAGCACUCUUUGCAUCUUAACUCGUCGAUCCCUUGCAUGAUCCCCUUCGUGCCUGUGGCGUACGAUACGAGCUCCAAGGCUGGAAUGACGGGCUCGGAGCCGCGGAAGGCGAGUCUGGAGGCUACGGCGGCAUCCGCGGCGGCGCCCGCAGCGCCCGCGUUCAGCUGCAGCGAUCUGCUCAACUGCGCGCUGAGUCUCAAGGGCGACCUGGCCCGGGACGCGCUGCCGCUGCAGCAGUACAAGCUGGUAAGGCCCCGUGUGGUCAACCAUUCUUCCUUCCACGCCAUGGGAGCCCUGUGCUACCUGAAUCGAGGUGACGGCCCCUGCCACCCGGCAGCCGGCGUUAACAUCCACCCGGUGGCCUCCUACUUCCUCAGUUCCCCUUUGCAUCCUCAGCCAAAAACGUAUUUAGCUGAAAGAAAUAAACUGGUGGUCCCGGCGGUGGAGAAGUACCCCUCGGGAGUAGCUUUCAAAGACUUGUCCCAGGCUCAACUGCAGCAUUAUAUGAAAGAAAGCGCCCAGCUUCUGUCGGAAAAAAUCGCGUUCAAAACCUCUGACUUCAGCCGAGGCUCUCCUAAUACCAAGCCCAAAGUUUUCACUUGCGAAGUGUGUGGAAAGGUGUUUAACGCACACUAUAACUUAACCCGUCACAUGCCAGUGCACACAGGAGCCAGACCCUUCGUUUGCAAAGUGUGUGGAAAGGGCUUCCGGCAAGCCAGCACCCUGUGCAGGCACAAGAUCAUUCAUACCCAGGAAAAACCUCACAAAUGUAACCAGUGUGGCAAAGCAUUUAAUAGAAGUUCCACUUUAAACACGCAUACCCGAAUACACGCAGGCUACAAACCGUUUGUGUGUGAAUUCUGUGGCAAAGGAUUUCAUCAAAAAGGGAAUUACAAAAACCACAAGUUGACCCACAGCGGGGAGAAGCAGUUCAAGUGCAGUAUCUGCAACAAGGCUUUCCACCAGGUUUACAACCUCACCUUCCACAUGCACACUCACAACGACAAGAAGCCGUUCACGUGCCCCACGUGUGGCAAAGGCUUCUGCAGGAACUUUGACCUCAAGAAGCACGUCCGCAAGCUACACGACAGCAGCCUGGGGCUGGCCCGCACGUCCGCUGGGGAGCCCGGCACGGACCCGUCGCCCCCUCUACAGCAGAUGCCGCCUGCCACCCUGCCGCCGCUGCCGCCGCCGCUGCCGCCCCCUGGUCCCCUGCAGCCCGGGCUCCACCCGGCCCACCAGUGAUCAAGGCCAAAGUCCCUUCCCAGCCUCAUUCGGGCCCCACUACCGAGGCAGCGGGGGAAUAGAGCUGGUUCUGCAGACCCAAGCUCGUCUGCAGACCCCAGGGCGUGUUGGGCCCCACGUUAGCGCCUACCAGAAGCCUCUGCAUUUCCCCCGCCUUUAGCCUCUUGCAUGCACCUGCUAAAUGGUUCUGUGUAUUAUAUCCUAUAUACGCACUAACGAUUAUGAGAAAAUUGGGGGUUUUGUUUUCUGAUUUUUUUUUAAACAAAAUUCUGCUGUAUUUAUUGAGAUCUGUAUUAUCCUACCCGGGAAUGCUGCACCAUUUUAAUUUUAUUAUUGUAUAUAUUUCCAUUGUGUUAUUCUGCGGUCUCAAGAUGCCUGCCGAUUGUUUAUCAUUUCCUCUUUCCCUGAGGUAACAAGACACUGUGUGUAUGUUAUAUAUACACGCAUAGAUGUGUGUGCCUGUAAAGGCACAUUUCACAGUCGUGAGCGCGCGCACACACACACACACACACACUAGAAAAAGGUGGUUCAUUAUGGAUGAAUUUGAAUUUUGGUUUUGAUUCUUGCACGUGAAAAUUGAUUCAUUGACUGUUGGAAAUAAAUACUUGGAACAUGCUUAUUUAAUCAACAAA